AUGCUAAGCCCAAAAAUGCAACGGUCCGUGCGGGUGAACGAAAAUCAGCUGAUUAUGCUGUCCGAUCGGGCGCAGUAUGAUCACUCAAUGCAUGGUUACCUUCACAAACGGACGUCAGACAACAACAAAUGGCAGAUGCGAUGGUUCGUGCUCUAUCAGAAUCUGCUGUUCUACUACGAAUCAGAACAAUCUUCGCGGCCUUCCGGGCUAAUCUUUCUGGAGGGCUGCUACUGUGAGCGGCUUGUUUCAGCCCCCUCGAUAUCCGGACCCCCCAUAUCCAGCAGCUCCAACCAAACGCCCAAAAUUAUCAAGGAGGAAAAACUACAGCAUUGCUUCACAAUCUGCUACCGGCGGGAGAACCAGCGACAGUACGAGUUGCGCGCGGCCACCGAAUCGGAAUGCUCAGCAUGGAUCAUCGCCAUCCGGGAGGCAAGCUUCAACAAACUGCUGCUCCAGAAGGAGGAACUCGAGCAGAAACACGUCCAUCUGCUGCAAGUGGUUGAGAGCGAGAAAACGGCCAAAUGGCAGUACACGCAGCAGUGCGAGGAGCUGGCCUCGGAAAUACGGAAGCUUCGGGCCGAGAUUUGUGUGCUGCGGAAGGAGACCCGCUCGAGCUACUCGGCCACGCCGGUCGGCCGGGGCAGCUUCAGUGUGCCGGGCGAGUCGCAGGACGACCACGGGUCGCUGCCGGGCCUGUGCGCCUCGGUGCAGGACUCGAUCGAGCUGCGCAAGAUCAAGAAGGUGCAGAGCUUCUUCCGCGGCUGGCUGUGCCGCCGGCGCUGGAAGCAGAUCGUCGAGGAGUACAUCCGGUCGCCGCACGCCGAGAGCAUGCGCAAGCGCAACCACCUCGUGUUCAGCAUGGUCGAGGCCGAGGAGGAGUACCUGGAGCAGCUGGAGGUGCUGGUCGCGUGCUUCCUGCGCCCGUUCAAGAUGGCCGCCAGCUCGAAGAGGCCGCCCUGCUCGCACGAGGACGUCAACUCGAUCUUCCUCAACUCCGAAACGGUCCUGUUCCUGCACCAGAUCUUCCUGAAGGGUCUCACCUCGCGGCUGGAGUCCUGGCCGACGCUAGUGCUUGGCGAUCUGUUCGACAUGCUGUUGCCCAUGCUGAGCAUCUACCAGGAGUACGUCCGGAACCACCACUACAGCCUGCAGGUGCUGACGGAGUGCAAGAGCAACGGCAACUUUGCGACCGUGCUGAAGCGCCUGGAGGCGAAACCGGCCUGCCAGGGCCGCAGCCUGGAAACGUUCCUGACCUACCCGAUGCACCAGAUCCCGCGGUACAUCAUCACGCUGCACGAGCUGCUGGCCCACACGCCCCACGACCACGUGGAGCGCAAGAGCCUGCAGAACGCGCGCCAGCAGCUCGAAGAUCUGUCGCGCCAGAUGCACGACGAGGUGUCGGAAACGGAGAACCUGCGCAAGAACCUAGCCGUCGAGCGCAUGAUCGUGGAGGGCUGCGACAUACUGCUCGACGUCAAUCAGGUGUUUGUGCGCCAAGGAAGCUUAUCCGUUCCGCCGGGGCGCGGCCGAAUCCGCAGUCGGCUGGCUUCGUUCAAGAGUGAACGCGAUGCGGUCCGUCAAUGUUUCCUCUUUUCGAACCACAUGAUCAUAGCAACGAGAACUUCGGGAGGACGGUUGCAUCUUCUGCCGGACGUUGGGAAAAUCCCGUUGGCCGACGCUACUCUGGUGGAGGAUCCGAGCGAGGUGCAGCACGACGAUGAGGAAUCGUCCGUUUGUUCCGCUUCGACGCGUGGCAGCACGCUCAGUGUGACCGAGUCGGUCAAUGCCGGGAACCGGGAUUUCAAAAUUUUCGUUGAAUCAAAGUCCACCCGCCACGGCAUACAUCUGGUGGCGCCGACCAUCCAGGACAAGGAGGCGUGGAUCAGUGACAUAUCGCAAUGCCUUGACAACAUUCACAUGCACUCGCUGCUAUCGCCUGGGAUCGGAGGUUCCUCGGGAGGAUCCCUUCUUGCAGGCCACCAAGCGCUGCGGGCCGAUCCGCGCCUGUUCAAAGAUGACGUCGAUAUUCGGUUCUCGCGGACCCUGAACUCGUGCAAAUUGCCGCAGGUGCGAUAUGCUACGCCGGAGCGCCUGCUGCAGCGUCUUACCGACCUGCGCUUCCUAUCGAUAGACUUUCUGAACACCUUCCUACUCACGUACCGCGUGUUCACGGACGGCGAGACCGUGCUGAACGCGCUGAAAAGCGUCUUCUACGAUCCGCCCGUCGAGCCGCCGUGCGACUGCGAGCACCAGACGGACUUCCUGGAGCUCCCGUACCAGGAUGGGCGCGCCUCACCGCGACGCACUUCCGGCGCUAGCUCCGUUUCUGGUUACUGCUCGGAAGGCGCCGACCGGGAUCGAUCGAUGAGCGGGGACUCAACAGGUCUCCGCUUCCGGGGCUCCCGCCGAGGCUACCAGAGCCAUCAGAGCACCGACCAGGAAACCCUGUCGUGGAUACCGGAACAGGUAGGGCCGGUCAUAGUCCACAGUGCGCAUCACGCGAACGAGAAGACGGACGAAAAGCCGAGCGAGCAGACGGCCGGGCACAUCCAGAGUAAAUCGCAGCAUCAAAUCCAUCAGCAGCCGCAGGACGACUCGUACCUGGUGAUACCGAAAACGAUGCCCGGUUCCAGCAGUUCCGACACUUUGACAGAAACCGCCAUGAGUGGUCCUUCGUCCCCGUCGAACCUGAGCAGCGUCACACUGGUCGGAUCGACCGGAUCCGGUGGGCAGGACAAAUCGGACGACACGCCAACGGAAGGGACGUUCAAGUACGGCAAAGCACCGACCAGUCCACUUCCGGAGCGCAUCCAUCCGAGGGUCCUAAAAUCCCAACCGCACGGUGCACCGCCCGCGACCCCCACCAUCUGCAUGACGGACACUAGCCAAGGGGACGAAGUCCUCACGGCCAUCGACGGCCAGCCGCAUCGGCAGCAGCCCGAGCAACAAAUUAAAACACCGCUGACACCUCCGACACCGCCGACCGUGACCACGACACCGUGCUACAGCCCGUCCAACGGACAGCAACACCCGAACGGGAUGUCCCCGCUGCACCACCACCACCACCUGCCCGGCAAGACCGACCAGGCCACCAUCGUGCACGGCCGGCUCGAGGUGGGCGGUCAAAAAAUCGUAACUCAACCCCAUCUGACGACCACGACGACGACGACGACGGCCACCUCGGCGAAGAGCAUCUCACCCCCACUUCCUCCGCCCCACCUCCUGCCGAUGGACCGGCGGCCGAGCGUUGGCCACAACAUUGCCAUCCCGCAUGCGGCCCUCUGCCAACACCGCCACAGUCUGCAGCUUAAUGGCGACGGAAGUUUGUUCAGCAAGAGUGAAAAGACCACCAGCAGCCCCCGCUUAACCACACGUAAAUUCUCGGCCCCGAAGACACCGGAACGACAGCGCAAGAGUCUGUUCGGAACGCCGCAGCGGGACCGGGACACUUCCAGCACACGCCGAUUUUCCGAAAGCGACGACGACAUGGCCACCUCGAUCUUCACCACACCGCGAGGGUCGCUUGGCGGCGUAUCGCUCAACACCAUUUCGUCCCGAGCUUCCAUGCAGCACGAUCAAGUUCCUCACUGCUCCAGUAAAGUAGGCGUAGUAAUCACUUCCUACCGCCAGUCGCAACGCAGCAUGGGACCAGAUCCUCUAUGGAGUAGCACGUCGACGGCGGCGGCGGCAUUCGCGAUCGCUACCUCAGCUUCCAGCAAUCCCCGGGACGAGCCCCCCGAGGUGGAAGCUAGGAACCGAAAAGAAUCCGUCGUCAGCUCGCCGGCCACGAUGCGGGUGCUGAACGUGCUGCGGCACUGGGUGUCGAAGCACUUCCAGGACUUUGAGCAGGAUGCGGCGCUGCGCAGUCAGACAAUAGCGUUCCUGGACGACAUCACCUGCAGUCCCAACCUAUUGCCCACUGAGCACCGGGCCGCAUCCCAGCUGCUGCGGCUGCUCUGCCGCGACGACAUCGACAGCGGGAAGCAACAGUUGGAGAUUCUGCUGACGCCCCCACAGACUCCGAGCAAGGAAAGCAUCGAGACGCUGUCGGCGCUGGAAAUCGCGGAACAGAUGACCUACCUGGACCACCAGAUAUUCUUGGCCAUUCGGAGCGAAGAAUUCCUGGGCCAGGCGUGGAUGAAGUCGGACAAAAAGUCCCGUGCGGAACAUAUCAUUCUUAUGACGAAACGGUUCAACGACGGCUCACGAUUAGUUUGCUCGGAAAUCGUUACGAGGAGCAAUAUGGCGGCGCGGGUAGCGGCCAUCGAGAAGUGGACAGCCGUGGCGGACAUCUGCCGGUGUUUGCACAACUUCAACGGGGUCCUGCAGAUCUGUGCGGCCUUCACGAACGCAGCCAUCUAUCGGCUGAAGAAAACCUGGGACAAAGUACCUAGAACAAUCAAAUCGACAAUCACAAAACUGCAGGCGGUGGUGUGUUCGGAUGGCAGGUUUCGUGUGAUGCGCGAGGCCCUCCAUCGGUGCGAUCCGCCCUGCAUUCCGUACCUGGGCAUGUAUCUGACCGACCUGUCCUUCAUCGAGGAGGGCACACCGGACUUUACACCGGAUGGGUUGCUGAACUUCUCCAAAAUGCGUAUGAUUGCCCACGUAAUACGCGAGAUACGCCACUUCCAACAGACGCCGUACAAAAUCGAUCACAUACCGAAAGUUACAUCCUACCUCCUGGAUACAUCGUUGCUGCUGGACGACGACGAAUUGUACCACAAAUCACUGCAGAUCGAACCGCGAAGUUCCCGUCUCAGUGCACCGAACACGGCCAAUGUUUAA